AUGAGCAACGAAGCCCACAAGACAUCCGAGGCCGCUAGCAAUUUCAACCCAAACGGCUUCGUCACUGACCGCGAGGUCGGCGGCCAGCGACGUUCCAUCCGCCACUAUAACAAUGGACGAAUAUCAAGGCGCGGUAGUAGUGUUGAAGGUAGCAUCCGAAUAAAGAUGCACGGGCACUCCAAAGUGACCGGAGGUCGCGCCAGGCCUCCCACCUUCCACUUCAGAUGCCUAAGCGGCCGGUCUACUCCAGCUGUUGCAUCCGGUCCAUCUGAUAACGCUAAUAUCACUGCUGAGAUGGCCAAGCUUACCGUUGACCAUCCCACUAGCCCUAAGAUAGAAGGACUCAGCAAGAAGUUGAACCUCGAUGCCGAUCCGGGGACCGAGACUGUGACUCUGCGAAAAGUCACUCCCUCGUCUACGGCUAGUAUGGCCUCCUCUACUUGCAGCUUCGGUAGCAAUAGCUCUGUCAAUGCUAGGAUAGCGGAAAUAGAAGAUCGAGUAAGAAAGCAUGUCAAGACACGGCUUCAGUUUGUAAAGGAGGAAGAUGGAGAGUAG